AUGACGGACGAAGAUCUUUUGGCGAGCCCAACUCUACUGCGGAAAAUAGACCAAUUGCGUGAGAGGAAUGUUGGCCAACAUGUUCCGCUUCCACAGCUUGUUGUUGUCGGCGACCAAAGCUCUGGUAAAUCCUCUCUUCUGGAAAGCCUGACCAACAUUCCCUUUCCUCGGAAUCUGGAACUAUGUACGCGCUAUGCGACACAGAUAACAUCUCGCCGCGAUUCUGAAUCAUGGCUGGAAAUUACUAUCAUCCCCGGUCCCCGUGCAACCGACGCGCACAAAAGAAAUCUGGCCGAUUAUCAUCCCAGAAUUACAUCUCCGCAAAGCCUCCGCACUCAAUUCCGGGAGAUUCUGGGCGAGGAUGGUCCGGAUUUAAUCAUGUUUAGCACAUUGUCGUCGUUAUUGACUACGUCCUAG